GGGAGAUGGGCUGUGAUAGUUUCGUAUAGAAUUCACACAUAUGAUACCAAUGUUGAAGGACUUUUGUAAAGCCUUGUGAUAUGGUGUUUCCUACCUGUCGAUUGACCAAAACUGGGAUGGACAUGAUGCCGGUAUUCCUAACAGCUCCGUUAUGUCACUGUGUUAAAUCAGUACUUUAAUGACGCUACCCAUAACGUGAGCUCUCUGCUUAGCCACGAACUAUUUGAUUGAACUCGAGCUGUUUCUCCGUGAAGAAUCACUUGGUUUGGAGGUCCCUGCACAAUGUCCCUCCGAGAUUUCACCCGCAUUGGUCGCAAGAUUGUUGCUAUCGGCCGCAACUAUGCUGAACAUGCCAAAGAGUUGAAUAAUCCAGUCCCAACAAGCCCAUUCUUUUUCCUCAAACCUACAACAUCUUACCUCCUUCAGCCAGGCAAAAUUGAGGUUCCGAGAAACUGUGUGGUGCACCAUGAAGUCGAACUCGGCGUUGUCAUUGGCAAGAAUGGACGAGACAUCACCGCCGCGAGAGCGGAUGACUUUAUUGGUGGAUAUGUCCUGGCGUUGGAUAUGACCGCUAGGAAUUUGCAGGAUGAAGCCAAGAAAAGCGGAAAGCCUUGGGCAGCCGCAAAAGGAUUCGACACCUUCACUCCUGUCAGUGAUUUUAUUGAGAGAUCUGCUAUUAAAAAUCCGCACGAUCUACGAUUGUGGCUCAAGGUUGAUGAACGUACCGUACAAGAUGGGUCCACUCAGGAUAUGAUAUUCAAGAUUCCCCAGUUGAUUGAAUUCGUAUCCUCUAUCAUGAAGUUAGAGGAGGGUGAUGUCAUCCUCACUGGCACACCAAAGGGUGUAGGACCGGUGAAGGCUGGCCAAACUGUUACCGGCGGACUGCAACUCCCUGGCUCAGGCAAAGAUGUUAUCGCGACCUUCUCAUUCCCGGUCAUUGGAAGACCAGGAACCGGCGCCUUUUCAGCAAAAUAGUCGGAUAAGCAGAACGAUAUGUUGAGUAGGAUAGCUUCGUUGCAUAGAUAGAUAUCCAUCAUUAUGUAUUUGUCCGGUCUUGCAUGACCCUCUAGGUGGGCAAUAUAUAUACAAGAUCUAAUUAGAUACCUACCUUUCUACAUAAGGAC